AUGGAAGAUGCUGAGAUUAAGAAGACUGUGUCUCUUUCGCUGGAGAAGUUCAACAACAUGAGCGGGCUGUCCAAUCGCUUCGCUCUGCUCAAAAUCAACCGUGCUAAUGCCGGGAUGGCCAUGUCGAUGUAUUACAAUGCAGACUACACCAUCCAGGAGACCACCUGCCCCAGGAGCUCUGCAGCAUCUGAUGAAUGCCCCCUCAUGGAUUGCGAGUUCGCUAUUGACAGCUUUGAGCAAUUCUCUACCGUUAAACAACCUACCGGCUUGACCAGCUACCCAUCUACCUUCACCACCUACUCAUCUACCUUCUUCACCACCUACUCAUCUAUCUUCACCACCUACUCAUCUACCUUCUUCACCAACUACUCAUUUAACUUCACCGGCUACUCAUCUACCUUCAACACCCAGCUUUAUCUCAUGAGCAGUUACACCGAGCCGAAGCCAUCUCCUGUUGUCCACAGAAGAUCACCGCCUGCGAGGAGAGUCACUCCAAGGGUGAUUGUCAAAGGAGAGGUUGCCAAAUCACCGCAACUGGAUCCUUCCAAGUGGACCGUUUUCGGUCAGGGCAGGAAGAGGAGCCAACACGAUGAACCUGAGCAGUCCAUUGAUGCACUUAAACAAGCAGGGACUGUUCAGCAGGAGGAAUUGGAGGAGAGUUAUCUUCCACUGACACCUGUGUGGUUCAGCAGUGCAAUGUUGGUUGAGAUGGACAAGAUUAGUCCAUCCCAUCUUCCUGGCCCUGAUGAGUGCACACCACCGGUUCCAAAACUACAAAAGAAAGCAAAGAUGGAGCUGAAGCAGAGGGCUCCUGCCUCCAAGAGGACCCUGGCAAAGCGACAGGGGGAGGCAGCUCCCAUGGUUGUGGAGGUGAUUUUACGGCCACCUACCAGUAGAGGGACAGUUGCUGUGGAGCAGCAGGAGGAGCCAUUGCCAGGGGUGGAGCCAUUGCCAGGGGUGGAGCCAUUGCCAGGAGUAGAGCCAUUGCCAGGGGUGGAGCCAUUGCCAGGAGUAGAGCCAUUGCCAGGAGUGGAGCCAUUGCCAGGGGUGGAGCCAUUGCCCCGCGUAGAGCCAUCACUGAGCUUGGAGCCAUCAUCCAGCAAGGAGCCAUCACCCAGCGUGAUAGUGGAUGUUGAUGAUGACAACAGAUGGAGAACAGGUAAGGGCUAUGCUUGCAUGUGUUCAGAAAAAGUGCAGUUGGCUGUUGUCGCAGGGACUGAUGUGAGGUAUGCAUCCGUUUCUGACAAUACAAUAUCUGUUGCAUGUUCUAUAGCGGCUGCGAUCAAACAUUUGAUUGCGCCUGUGUGUUCGUGGAGCAGUACAGAUAUCGAUGCCAUCGGGUCAAAGGUUAACUCGUUUGUCUUAGGGGAAGCCCAUAAAAUGAAUGUAAAGCCAAAGAACUUGUGCAGGUUGGUUGAGCAGACCAGUGUGUUUGGACGUAAGUGGAACGUCAAUAUGGGUCUGCCAGUGUACGGCGAAUUGAAUUUGUCUGAAGGGGAAAAGGUAUUGUCGGAGAAGCUGCUUGAACACUUAUCCAGGGAUGGCAUGUGUCUGUUUAACCUAAAUUCCGCAGCCAGUGCCAUUAUUAAACACAAUGACUGUAUUGUGGUCGUUGAUUGUGGCACACGUGGUGCAUCUGGGUUAGCAUCCAGUUUUGGCACAUCUGUAGCCGUGUUCAACACAUGCCCUAAUGACCUGAUGUUUUACAUCAGGAAUCUCAAUAAUUCAUUGAAUGCACAGAAGUUUAGCAUUACAAGCCUUUCUGUGAAAGCAGCUCAAGUGAAUUCGGAGACGGCUAGAGUCAUUGAUGGGGAUAUGGGGUGUGUCAGGGGAACAUUUAGUCAGGGUGAUCAACGGUUUAAAUAUGCAGGACUUCAGUGCAUGGCUGUAAGUUUGGUAGGCAUAGCAAAACACACAAUUGACAGCGUGUUUACAUGGCAGACCGACAACCUGGAUAAAGUUGUUGUACUUGGUGACAAUCUGUACACCUCCCUGCGUGACCAACAAGGUAUCAGUGGAGGAUACAGACUACUUUCGGUUCCAGAUCUGCCCAAGGAGACCAUUAUCGACGGACAAAGAUUUCUGUUUCAAUACAGUGACUUUGUGUCUGGAGAUGUGGAUGUGGUUGAGGGUGAUCUCAUUGAUGAGGGUGUGCACACCACUUUAAAAUACGGACUGGAAAGGAUGUGUAGUAACUAUGACACAUGCUUUCUGACAAUGAAUGGCGGUACAUGUGCCAUCAUUGGUCAAGGUGGACACUACGCAGUGGUCGACUCCCAUGCACGCAGUGCGUCUGGGAUGAGCGAUGGCGAGGGGCGUAGUGUUAUUCUGUAUUUCAGAGGCCUUGAACACGUGUUUGAAUACAUAUGGACAUUUGCAGCGUUCCUCAAGAAGUCUCAAAAACAGUUUGAGAUAGCUGGUGUCCGAGUCACUCACAUAGGCCCAAUUGAAAGCAGUAAUCUGUCUUUGGGUCCAAGAGUGACUCCCAAAACGACAGAGACUGAUUUGGAGACUGAUUUGGGUUGUAGUUCAGCUAUUCAGUCCACACUUGGCUGCACCAACAUUCAGAUGGGUGCAAAGCGUAAGAUUCGUAAGGGAUCUUCUGCUUGCAAAAAAUUAAAAAAGAGUGAUGUUACCGCAGUUAAUUCAGACGUUGCUUUUGUCAAAGAAGUAAGAAGUGGACGACUGCAGUUUAAUCCUCUUAGUAAUCAAGUUGCACAAGCUCUUUGUGAACAGUUACAUGUGCAGUCAGAGAAAGUAGAUGUUGUGUCUACACAAAUUGGUUUGAUAGGGGCUCCAUGUCUCAAUGAAAAAAUAGAGGGUGACGGAAACUGUUUCUUUAGAGCAGUGAGUCAAGCUGUGUGUGGUACACAAAGGCAUCACACAAUAAUUAGGCGGCAGAGCAAUGCUGAGCCUUAUGAGCGUAUUUUGACCUCUUCCAUGUCAGAAUACCUCAGCACAUCCAAAAUUCGUGAGGUUGGCAGUUGGGCAACAGAAUUAGAAAUUCAAGCAGCAGCAGAUUGUUUUGGAGUUAAUAUAUUCACAUAUUGUGAUCCACGCUGGCUAAAAUAUAGUUGCGAGAACGGGCAGUUGUCUAAUCAGGGGGUUUAUUUGGAAAACCGCAAUGGUAACCAUUAUGAGACUGUUGUGUGUGUAAAACAACCUAAUUUGCAGAGUUGUUAUGGGUAUUGCAAAGUGGACACUUCUUGUCCAAGACUGUACAAUGUCAGACGGACAACUAGAGGCAAAAGGAGGGUUACGGAACAAACGCAUGGUACAUCGUCUGCUGGGGACACAGAUUGUGUGGAAAAGAGUGAUGUAAGUAAAAUCACUCUUGAAUUUAAUCCUUUGUGCAAUGAAGUGGCAAAAACCCUUUGCAAAAAGUUUAAUAUAGACUUUAAAAAGCAGGAUGUACAGGGACCUACAGUAACUGGGUCCCUAGGUGUGGUCUGUAAGACCGAAAAAAUAAAAGAGGGCGCUAAUAGUUUCUUCGGAGCGGUAGCUCAUGUUCUCAGUGGUUCUCAGAAGAGCUAUCGAAAGAUUAGAAUGACUGUUGUAAAGCAUAUGAUGAAUCACGCAGAACAAACUAAAGUAGUUGGGGGAUCUGCUUCAAUUUCAGACUACAUUGAGAAGUCUCAGAUGAAGUAUGUAGGACAUUGUGCCACAGAUGUAGAAAUCCAAGGGACAGCAAAUGCUCUUGGAGUGGACAUUUUUAUCUGCAGUGGGGAAAAAUGGCUCAAAUACACUUGUAAUUGUGCAAUGCUUUCAAAAGAAAAAAUAUACUUGAAACAUUGUGAUAAAAAUCAUUUUGAGCCAGUGGUUUGUAUCAAACCUUACGAUGAACAAAGGUGCUUUGAAUUGUGUAAAGUGGGGGGUUUGUCAGAGACACGGUCUAUGCGUAGCAGUGUUGAUAUCUGUACUGGGAAGGGUGGAGUUAAAGACAAUGCAGAGAGUGUUGCAAACAGCUGGAGUCGUAGGCACUGUCGUUCAACAUAUUUAAAAAAGAGAUACAGCUCAACAAAGAAACUGUAUUAUAAAAGUAACACAGUGUACCAGCAAACGAUUAGGGAUGCGUCCAUGAAAAAGUAUAGUGAUGCAGAUUAUCAAGAGAGAGUAAGAGUCGGUCGUAGAAAAAGGUAUUGUGAGGAUGAUGAUUUCAAACACAGAGCAAUUGGACACACUCAGGUUAGAUACCAUGAAGACCCAUUGCAUAAUCAGAUGAUAAAGGAUUCAAGUAAAAGAAUAUAUAGAUGUAAUCCACUAAAAGUUUUACAUAGAGAGAAAGUUAUAGCAUUUAACAAACGUAAAUAUAGGCAAAAUAAAUUGCAUAGAAAGAAGGUAAAAUCCAUGACUUCAAAAAGGUAUCAUGGUAAUCCAGAUUAUAAGAAGCGAGUAACAGCUAGCAACAAAUUGAAGAGGCAACAAAUGCAAAAAAAUAGAGAGGUAUUUGAUAUUGUAAUGCAGCAGUUUUUGGCCAAAGUUAAGAAUGGACCCGUUUUUGUAUGUAGCUGCUGCGAGAGGUUGUUAUUUGAAUCGCAGGCCUUGCACUGUAAAAAAGAGAAAUAUAAGGAUCAAGAACUAGCUAAUAAAUGCAUCAGAGACACAUAUUUACACACAUAUACUGAUGACUGUGAAGUACCCUGUGUUUGGAUUGAAAUUGGGAGAGGGCAGUCUUGGAUCUGCAGCAACUGUGAUAAAAAACUUAAGAGAGGUGUGAUGCCACCUGAAUGUGUUCUAAAUAAUUUGGCAGUAGAACCCAUUCCCCCAGAAUUGGCUUGUUUGAACAGCAUAGAGCAGCAUUUAAUUGCCAAAAAUAUACCAUUUAUGAAGAUGGUGGCAUUGCCCAAAGGUGGGCAAAAUGGAGUACACGGACCGGUUACGUGUGUUCCAGCCAAUAUCGUCCAAACUACAAAUGUGCUCCCCCGCUCAAGGAUGGAAUGUUCCAUCUUACGAAUAAAGUUAAAGCGUAAAUUGACCUUCAAAGGUCAUUUUAAAUAUCAAUUUGCAGACCCAAUGCACAUAAAGCGUUCAUUAAAAUAUUUAAAAAGAAGGAAUAAGCGAGUAUGGUAUAACGAGUUUCGUAGGGAGGAGGAAGAGAAUAAACAAACCCACACCAAGGAAACAUCAUCAGAGGCUGCUGAGGAACAGCCAUGUUUGUUUCAGGACAUGGAUUUGAUGGCUGUGGAUACUGAUCUGGAAAUUGCGGAUCAGUUUUCAGAUAGAGAACUCAACAUGGCCCCAGCAGAAGGCAAUAGUCCUGCAAAAGAAAGUUCAUGCAUUCCUGUACGGGUUCCCGAGUUUGAGGAACUUGAUGACGCUCUGCUUAAUGAGUUUUGGAGGGAACGGGAUGAUGACUUUGUAGACAAUUCGACCUUGAUGGAUUUGCCAACUAACAAAACGUCUGAUGCUAAUGCUGAUGAUGAGCUUUUAUACAACAGGCAACAGCAUUGCAUGUUUCAGGACACAUGUCUGAUGCCUGUUGAUAUUGGACAGGAAGUGUUGGAUCAGUAUUUUGAUAGUACAUUAAAUGUCGCUCCAGCAGAGGGUAAUAGUCCUGUGAGGCUGUUAGCAGACAUUUCCAACGAAGCAAAAUGCUUUCCUGUAUUGUUCCCACUGGGCAUUAACACCUACCAUCAUUCGAGGCCCCGCAAAAUAACAUUAGCACGCUAUUUGAAUACGCGUGUUUUAAAUGCUGAUGUUAGGCUUGCACAAAAUAUAGAAUACAUUUUUUAUGCUCAGUAUUUGUCUGAGGUGCAACAGGUAUUGUCCAGUGUGUCUAUUGCAUUGCGAAAAGGCAAAGCAGGCUUUCCAUCCAAACCGAUAGAAGAUAAUUUGUUGAAUCAGGAAACCAUAAGAAAACCGUUGCAAUUUGAUGAUGGCUUUCGUUUUCUCUCACCUAUUAGAGGUACUCCAGCAUUUUGGCAGCGCGCACAGAGUGACCUCCUAGCUUGUGUGCGUCAACUUGGUGUGCCUACCUGGUUUUGUUCAUUCUCUUCGGCUGAUCUUAGGUGGGCAAAUUUACUCAACGCUAUUUUAAAACAGGAAGGUAGAACUGAAGAUUUAGAUUGGGCAGACAGAUGUGAACUCUUGCGUCGUAAUCCUGUGACAGCGGCCAGGAUGUUUGACUAUAGAUGGAAUUGUUUUUUGAAAGAAGUUCUUAUGUCCCCUUCACACCCAAUUGGCAAGAUUGUAGAUUAUUUAUAUCGCAUGGAAUUUCAGCAGCGUGGCUCACCUCAUGUGCAUUGCUUGUUUUGGAUUGAGAAUGCACCCAAAAUUGUCGAACAGUGUGACCUGUGCCCCGAACAGGAAUUGGAAAAUCUUCAAUGCAAAGAAGAGCGGGAACAAAUUGAAACCGUAGACGGGGAGCAAAUAGACGCUAUUCCUGAUCUUGCCGUUAGUAAUCGGCAAAUUGGCCAUUUGGAAAAGACAAAGAAUAUUUUGAGCAGAAGCGAAGGGCUGAAAUUAGUUCGGUCUCUAAACGAAACACAAAUGUCUAUUUUCUAUCAAAUACGACAAUGGUGUUUAGACAAAAUCUCGGGUAAAAAUCCGGACCCGUUUCACGUAUUUAUAACAGGCGGUGCUGGGACAGGAAAGAGCCAUUUGAUCAAGGCUCUGCAGUAUGAGACAACCAGGUUGCUCUCAACACUCUGUGAAAACCCUGAUUCUGUGUGUGUGUUGUUGACUGCCCCAACUGGAAUUGCUGCAUACAAUUUAGACGCAGCAACUAUCCAUAACACAUUUAGCAUUGGCGUUAAUGCAAAAUUACCCUACACACCUUUAGGCGAGGAAAAAAUAAAUAGUCUGCGUGCCAAAUAUAGAAACGUGCACAUUUUAAUUGUCGAUGAAAUAUCCAUGGUCGAUCACAAACUCAUGGCAUAUAUUCAUGGCAGAUUACGUCAAAUUAAACAAUGUAGUGAUUAUUCCCCAUUUGGUAGAGUUAGUGUGGUAGUUGUUGGAGAUUUUUUCCAGCUGCCACCAGUGAAAGGAAAUGCCUUGUAUGUAGAGAAAGUAGGAUUUAACCUGUGGCACAACCUAUUUAGCAUUGUAGAGCUUAAAACAAUAGUCAGGCAGAAAGAUAUUGUUUUUGCGGAACUGCUAAAUAGGUUGAGAACACGCUCAAAAGAAACAGCAUUGUCAGCUAGUGACAUUGAUUUGUUGAAGAGCUGUGAAACAGGGGAAGAAAGUUCAGCAUUACACAUUUUCCCCACAAACGCUCAGGUUAAUGAUCAUAAUCUUGUGCAACUGUUGAAAACAUGCCCGGAACAUGUAGAAAUAGAAGCUCAGGAUACUGGCCAUAACAGCAAAACUGGAAAACUUGAGUUAAAACAUGGACAUCACACCAACAUCUAUCAAACAUGUUUAGCGGAACGUUUGGUUCUUGGGGAAAAUGCUCCUGUAAUGUUGACAAAAAAUAUAGAUGUGACGGAUGGGCUUGUGAACGGGGUAUGCGGCACGGUGAGACACAUAGUGAUUUCACAAGGUGAAAGAUUUCCACAAACUGUGUACGUCCAUUUUGACGAUGACAGAGUUGGGGCACAGCGCAGGAAAGACUCUGCAAAUGCAUCAAGUGAAUUAGUGAACUGUACACCAAUUUUUCCAGAAGAGGAUAGAGUCACCGUUAAAGGUGGGUUGCGUCGCCAAUUUCCCCUUAAACUGGCUUGGGCUUGUACAGUACAUAAGGUGCAAGGGAUAACUGUUGAUAGAGCUGUGGUGUCACUUAAAAAAAGAUUUGCUGCUGGACAGGCAUAUGUUGCAUUAAGUCGUGUUACAAAUUUAUCAGGCUUAAUCAUUCAAGAUUUUAAACCUAAUGCCAUCUAUUGAAAUGUUACGCAAGCAAUUCAGUGCAUACCUCAGUUUCUACGUGAAGAUAGGAUCCACCCCAAAUUGCACACGGACAAUUUUGCUGUGUUUUUGACAAAUGUGCAAAGUUUACAUGUCGAAGAUUUGACCCUUUGUACACAGCAUUUGCAGCCUAACUGUAUUGCUGUUACAGAGACAUGGCUGCCUGCUGUCUCAUCAUUUGACGACAUUAACAUCAGUGGUUAUACAUUUGCUAGUUGUUCUCGAAGUGCAUCUUACACCAGCGAUAACCCAGCAUUGGUUGCUCUGCAAGACCAACAACAUGGUGGUGUUGGCAUAUAUAGUGCAAACAGUAUUGAAUUUAGUAUUGUUCAAGUGCCAGAUGUAAAUUUAGAAUGUAUAGUGUACAACUGUUUGUCUCACAACAUAUUAAUUGCGGUAAUUUAUAGACCACCAUCAUAUCCCAUGUCUUUGUUUAAAGAACAUUUAGGCAAAUUACUAGAUUUGUUAGAUCUAUUAGGUGACACAAUUGCUGUGAUGGGUGAUUUCAAUGAUGACAUUUUAAAAACAUCAACAAUUUGCAAAUUUGUAACAGACAAAGGGUAUGUGCAGCAAGUCACACAACCCACUACCGAAAAGGGCACAUUAAUUGACCAUGUAUAUGUGAAAACAACACAGUAUGAUGUAGAAUCAACUGUGUUGCCCACCUAUUUCAGUGAUCAUGAGGGGAUUCUGUGUUCUUUUGCACAACUGUUGAGGUAG